AUGGCCAUGCUAGCCUCCAAAUCGUCCUUCCCAGCGUCAUUGGGGUCAUCUGGCUCUACCCUUGUGGGCAACCCACCCUCCUCCAACAUGCCGCCCACGAGAAGAACACCCGCUAUGCACUCGUCCGCCCAGGGCUUCCCCAGCCCUACAGAAUCGGAUUUCUCGGAUGUCGAUGGGCCCGAUGCGCCCAAGAACUGGACUGAAGAUCAAGUUUGCGACUACCUGAGGAGUGUCAAGUGCGGCGAAUACGAGAAGCUAUUCAGAAAAAAUAAUAUUAAUGGAGAAAACCUGCUCGAGAUGGACAAGGAAGUCCUCAAGGAAAUGGGUAUUGACAAGGUCGGCGAUCGAGUGCGACUAUUCUUAGGCAUUAAGAAGCUCAGAACAAAAGCAUACGCCAACGUCAAGAAGCGGACUAGGGACUCAUUUGGUGGGCUGGCAGAGACUCAAUACACCCCUUCCACAGGAUCCCCACGCAUGCCCAAUUCUGCUGGUAGUAGAGCAAUGCCAACACCAUCCUCCAACAAGAGAUACUCCCGACAGGUUGAUCUUUCGGGCUUCAAUAGCGGCUUGAACGCUCCGAUUGAUAACAACAAGAGCACAUCUAGACCCAGCUCGCCACUACCAAGUGCAGAUAUUCGCGCAGUUAGAAACCAGCGAUAUCCCAACCAACAAACCUACAUGAGCAAUGCUGCCCCUAACUCCGGAGGGAGACUCCCUAGGUCGCCUCCGGAUCAGCCUCAAUCUGGACGUCUGGUAAAUACUCAUACCAGAAAUCAAUCUAGUACGGAUGGCUCGCUGAUGGGUGGACUCCCACAGGGUCAAGACGUUAUCCGUGUCAUCUCUACGGGCGGUGUCACCAAGGUCGUCAAGAUCUCCGGAUGCACGACCUGCGAAGAGGUUAUGAGGGUUACGCUACGCAAGUUUGCACUUCGAGAAGACCACGAUAGGAACUAUUGUUUUUGGGUGCUAGCCGGUGUCGAGCCCGACCCUAAGCAAUGUCGGCGCCUGGGUGACACCGAGUUAUGGCGCAUCAUCACAGAUAGGAAGCGACCGGAAAGGGGUCGCCUGAUUCUUAGGAGAGUGCCUUCAGGGGAGCCGGGAGAUUCCGAAUUACAGAGGGCUGCAGCCAUCGCUAUGGAAGAGGCUCAGCAGAACCAUGCCCGGGCUUUAGAAAGCGUGCAAGACAAGAGAAGCCAACUCAAGGUACAGAAGCUCUUGGGAGAGAGCUGGGACGAUGUGCAACACUCGCCCCUAUCACCAAUGUCAUACCAGGAUCGAGAGACGAAUUUCCAGAGCACCGCCAGGGCACUGGAGCGGCCAGCUCCCGCCGAUGCGAAAGCUGCACAACGAAAGAAACUAUUGCGACAAUUUGGUGGCCUUCGACCUCCCAGCGAGCUUAUCACUUCUGAUUUGACAUCUUACUUCCCUGAUCACCCCAAGGAUGAGAUUGACAGAACUGCAAGAUUGUCUAUGCGUCGCUCGACACGUCUCAGCAGGGUGAACAGUCGGUUGAGUGUUGCCAGCAAUCUCAGCUUCGCAUCCAGUAUAGCAGAUGCGCCGCCGAUUCCUACUAUCGCCGACAACUGGCUUACUGCGGGCGGCCAAGCGGCCAAGGUGCGGCCAAGAGAGCCGAGCCGUCUACAGCACCAAUACCGGGACUCGGUGGCUUCUUCAAUGCUCGGCACAUUGACUGAAGAGGGAUCACCUAUUGAGCCCAAUCGCAAGUCCUACGUCUCGUUCGCAGAUAGUGGGUCUGACAGUGCUACUGGUAUUAGUAUUACGGAUCCUGAUGGCCAGAGCCACAUUAUGCGACACAGCUACUUCAGUGAAACGAGCACUCAAGGUUCUGGCUCAUUGAAGGAGAUUUCAGAGGCCCUGCAGCAGGACGGCGAGGAUGAAGACGAAGAGCUCCAAAGCUUCCUCGCGGGCGAAUCCUGGGACGAUAACAAGUGGAUGAAAGGUGCACUGAUUGGUCAAGGCUCGUUCGGCUCUGUUUACUUGGCUCUUCAUGCUAUCACUGGCGAACUACUUGCCGUCAAGCAGGUUGAGACGCCUUCGCCUGGCGCCAACAGCCAAAAUGACUCGCGUAAGAAGAGUAUGAUCGAUGCUCUGAAGAGGGAAAUCAGUCUUCUACGAGAUCUCCGACACCCAAACAUCGUGCAGUACCUUGGCUGCAGCUCAUCUCAAGAAUAUUUGAACAUUUUCCUCGAAUAUGUUCCGGGUGGCUCAGUCCAGACUAUGCUCAACUCUUAUGGCGCCCUACCUGAACCUCUGGUACGAAGCUUUGUGCGACAGAUCUUGCAAGGUCUGUCAUACCUUCAUGGUCAAGACAUCAUCCAUCGUGACAUCAAGGGUGCAAACAUCCUGGUUGACAACAAGGGAACUAUCAAAAUCUCCGAUUUCGGUAUCAGCAAAAAACUUGAGGCAACCAACAUACUCGGUGGCGCCGCCGCCAACAAGAACCGACCCUCGUUACAGGGGUCCGUUUUCUGGAUGGCCCCUGAGGUUGUCAAGCAGACAUCUUAUACCCGCAAGGCCGAUAUCUGGUCACUGGGCUGCCUCGUGGUCGAGAUGAUGACGGGUAACCACCCAUUCCCCGACUGCUCCCAGCUUCAAGCCAUUUUCAAGAUUGGCGGUGGUAGAGCGACUCCUACGAUUCCAGACAGCGCUAGCCCUGAGGCCAUGGACUUCCUCAACCAAACGUUCGAGAUCGACCACAACAAGCGACCGAGUGCGGACGAGUUGAUCCUCAGCACCUUCUUGAGCCCUGUCACCUAG